AUGGAGAAAUCGGGUCAGAAGCAAGUAAAAAAUCCAAUUCAAGAGGUGGAGGAAGUUCUCCAACUAAUAGAGUUGGUAAAAUCAUACACAUGCCUGUGGAAGGACACGGAUCGCAUGUACAAAAAUGCCGAGAUCCGCCACCAGGCAUGGAAGGAAAUUGCGAACGUUAUGGGGCGUUCGCACGAGGUUGUCCACGCAAAGUGGAAAAACCUCUCAAACACCUAUAGACGGAUUCGCAAGGACAUUUCGCGUAGUAUGGUGACUGGAGCAGGGACGGAUGACAUUGUAGAACACAGUUGGUAUGCUUAUGAGCAUAUGGCGUUCCUGCAGGACACGACGGUACCGCGGCCAACUUUGAAUUCCGUAAGUAAUCUAUAUAAGUGA